UGUCAAGGAAUUGGCCUCGAUGGUAUCCCAGAGAUUACAGCUUCGGAAGGAUUUAUUGUGAAUGAAAUAAGCAAGGCCCUGAUACAAUUCUUAUCUUCCAACAUCAUUGUUAAUUUCUGCUGUGUACCUGUUGGGUCAGACAGUAAGUGCUUAUGGUUGAACAUUCAUUUGUUUCCUAACUUCCAUGAGUCACUUUGCUACUUGAUGCUGCUACAUUUUUCUUUAAAACAGUCCUGUUAAUAUGCUUAAAAACCUAACCCCAGAAGAUAAAAAGUUUGACUUUGAAUUUUACCUUAGUGUGGAAUACUCACACUUCCCCCUCCUAUCCCCCACCCCCUAAAUUCUGUAUGUUUUGAUAUGUCCUGCAGCUUUUCUUUAAAAUAUUUUCAUUAACAGCAUGACUCUCUACUGCUGACAUUGGAAGGUAGUUCAACAUUUAUCUUCCUUCAUAGUAUGUUUAUGGGUUAAAGGUUGAUUUGCAGGAUUGAUAAGCAGGAGAAAACCACUGAUUCUUGAAUUCUUUCACGUAAUUAGCCUAAGGAAAUGAACUCUUCUGAGAACAAACCAAUACUUAAAGAGGCCUGAACACUAAGCUCUCAGAGCCCCUGCAUCCUUGCUUGGUGUGAGUAUUUAUCGAGGAGAGUUUAGCUGACACUUUAGUUUUGGGUACAGGAGACAAUUCCAAAUCCAGGUCAGCACUCUGGCAGCGUGUGGGCUUUGUCACGCGGUUAGAAGCAAAAACUCAUUUAAUGAAAGGCCUGCAGGCAGCCAGGCAUAGAUAUGCUGGCUAAGGUAGUACUAUUUGUAGAGAUAUUCUAAUUGUGUUUUUAAAGGCGUAGAAGACUUUUAAUAAGAGCAUAUUGAUUUCCAAUGAUAACAAUAUUAUGACUUUGAAACUGUUCUUUCUAAGGAACUGUGAGGACUGUGCUUGUUGUACAUAGAUUAGCCUUAUAAAGAAGUUCUAAAAAUCUUGAUUAUUGAAGACAUUUUCAUUGUCCAGCAAAAUUUUCAGAAACUUUGAAGUACUUCUAUGGAAGAGAUAAUAGGUUUGGGACCAUUUGGAGAGUGCAACUCCUCAGCUGUAUAUAGGAGCUAUGCCCUGAGACGACGGUGUUGGUAUCCUGCUGCUUAGAGGAAGGAACUGUCUUAUCAAAUCCUUGAGGAAGGUUUUGCUAAGCCUUUAAUACCUCUACACAUACUACCUUGAAAUACCAAUAUACUUACUUGUAUUGGUUACAAGGGCUGCCUUUGGCAAAUCAUGUCACCUGAAUCUAACAUCUGGUUCAAGGUAUAAUUUCUUACUCUGUCACUAGUGUUAUCUUGCUAAAGUAGCUGAAAGAUAUAUGAUAAUGACUAGGCAAAACAUGGGGAGUCAUAAUACUGCUAUGGAUGUGAUGGUGACCAGUCUAUAAACAUGUACAGCCAGUGUAAGUCCACGUGGGAAUGGGCACUGCAAGCCUGACCAGGCCCUACACAUUGGAAGAGUGUGCCAUGAUUUACUUGACCAGUUUUCUCUGGUAACUGUAGAUGGUAGUAGUCUACAUUUUUUCCUAAACGUUCUUAUAGGCAGCAAGUUUACUUUUAGACUAGUCCUCUAGUCUAGGCUUCAGGGCUGGUGCUGUUUCCUCACAUCUCUUGAUCCUGUUCCUUGCCCCACCGCUAAUUAAGAGUGUUGGUAUUAAAUUUUCUUCUAAAAAGUAAUGUUCUCAUGUUUGUCAGCUGUAUUUUAUUGUUGAUUUGUCUUAACAUAAAAAGAUAAUGGCAUCUCAGUGAUACCAAUUACAUUGCAGCCCCUGCAGUGAAAGGACUACUACUCUAAUAGGGAGGGAUAGUUUUGUGGGCUGGGGAAGGAGGAUUGGAGAGGACACACUUAAAAGAAAAGCAUUCAUAUUUCAUGUCCAAAGGAAAAUGCAUCUUCGAAGUUUUUGACACCAUACACUACUUUUUCCAGAAUUCAUGCAAAGAGUAUAACAUGCCUGGACAUUUCUAGUGGAGGAGGCCUUGGUGUGUCUUCUAGUGCUGAUGGGAGCAUGAAAAUCUGGCAGGCUUCCAAUGGAGAACUCAGAAGAGUAUUGGAAGGACAUGUGUUUGAUGUGAAUUGUUGCAGGUUUUUCCCAUCAGGCCUUGUGGUUCUGAGUGGGGGAAUGGAUGCCCAGCUGAAGAUCUGGUCAGCUGAAGAUGCUAGCUGCGUGGCAACCUUCAAAGGUCACAAAGGAGGUAUCCUAGAUACAGCCAUUGUUGAUCGGGGGAGGAAUGUGGUAUCUGGUUCUCGAGAUGGAACAGCACGACUUUGGGAUUGUGGGCGCUCAGCCUGCCUGGGAGUCAUUGCAGACUGUGGUUCUUCCAUCAAUGGAGUGGCUGUGGGUGCUGCUGACAACUCCAUCAACCUCGGCUGCCCUGAGCAGAUGCCCAGUGAACGGGAGGUUGGAACAGAAUCGAAAAUGCUGCUGUUGGCCCGGGAAGAUAAGAAGCUUCAGUGCUUGGGACUACAGAGCAGGCAGCCGGUAUUCCUCUUUAUUGGCUCAGAUGCCUUCAACUGCUGUACUUUUCUCUCUGGCUUCUUGCUGUUGGCUGGGACACAGGAUGGAAACAUUUAUCAGCUGGAUGUGAGGAGUCCAAGGGCUCCAGUACAAGUCAUCCACAGAUCAGGAGCACCAGUUCUAUCCCUCCUGAGAUUCAGAGACGGAUUCAUUGCUAGCCAAGGUGAUGGAAGCUGUUUCAUUGUCCAGCAAGACUUAGACUAUGUCAUUGAGCUCACUGGGGCUGACUGUGACCCUGUGUACAAGGUCGCCACGUGGGAGAAGCAGAUCUACACAUGCUGUCGAGAUGGUCUCGUGCGGCGCUAUCAGCUCUCUGACCUCUGAUUCCUGUGAAGGAGGAGUCCCAGUUAAUGAACACAAUUGACCAUGACCAACAAUGAGCAGAAACAUCAUCAGUCCUUCCCGAGGACCGCGCUCUUUGUUGUAGGGGCGCCCUCCGGAAGUCACAGAGAGUCAGCUACAUUGGCCACGUGGAACGACUGUUCCACACAAGACUGAUGUGAACUGAGUAAGAAGCUCACAUGUGCUCACUGCAUUUGCCCGACUUCUCCUUCUAUAAACUCACCGCAGCAACACGGGGAAGGUGAUGGGUUGCUUACGGUUUGAUAGCACAUCUGUUGUGUUAAAUGUUUACAGGACCAGGGGACCGAAACCUGUCUCUGAAGGGAAAAGAGAGUAUGUUUGGAGGAGUCAGAAUUUGAAACCUUGUUAAAUGUUCUUAUUCCAGCAGAAAGUCAGUCAGGCUGAUGGAACUCCUUUCUCAGGCACUUCCUGUUGGCCUGGUCUUAGAGGAGGACUGUUGACAUGAGCAGUAAAGAUCCCAUAGGCAGCAUGCUGGGAAAGACUUUUGUACACGUAGGAUGACUACCGUCCCAGUUUUCCUUGUACUGAGGGGUUUUCGGCUACCUGUGGCUUUCAGUCCCAGCAAACCAAGAUGGUCUGUCAGCCUGUAUACAGGUGAUGAAGUUGAAUCAAAACAUUGUAAAGGCAGUGGCUGUGAGAGUGGUCCCUAGAGCAGCUUCUUAGUAUCACCAGGGAAUUAGAAAUAGAAAUUCUUGAGCCCACCUCAGACCUAAAUCAGAAAUUGUAUGGGUAGGGCCUACAAUCAAUUUUAACAAGCCUUCCAUGAUUCUGAAGCAUGCUGAAGUUUGAGAUCUAGAGAAAGAGAUGGUAUAGGGCACUUUAGUCAGAGAUGGAACCCAGGGCUCAUAGGAUGGCCAGGCUGGUCUGUACAGGAUGAGGCUGGAGAGGCUGGCAGGGCCCGAAUAGUGAAGGAGCUUGAAUGCCAGAUGGGGAGCUUGAACUGCACUUGGCUGGCAGUGGGGAGUCAUGAAGGGGCUUUUAAGCAAAAGUGUGUUAUAGUUACUUCUUUUUUUCUCUAAACAUAAAAAUGGAAUCAUUAUGUGUUCUGUGGCUUAUUUUCACUUAGUAUCUUAGUUCUUUUACAUUUAGACCUUCAUUCUUUUUAACAUUUUCCAGAACAUGAAAGCCGUAUCAUUUACAUUUUAGAGAUUAUUAAAGAAAAAGUUUGGAGCUUGCAACACUCGAGCUGAGCCAUGUGGCUGAGCUCUGGAAUUUAUUUAAGGGAAGAAGGUAAUUCCUGGCUCAGGUAACAGUCUGGUUUACAGAGUUCUUAAAGGCAUGUUCUCAUGUAAUCUUUUGCUACCUUGUGACAUACCAGUAGUGAGACUCAGAGAGAUGAAGUGAUUUGCCAGGGGUCAUAGAGAGCAGGAACUUGAACAGUUUAUCUUAACUUUAAAUGCCAUUUUUUUCCUACCUGUUGCUAAUGCCUAAACAAAAUUGUGAAAAUAAAAUAUUGUCAUUCAUUGAGUGUCUACUAGUAAUCUACUCUGUUCUAGGUUCUAUCUGUGUAUAUUUAAUCCUUACAACACGGUUAAAAAGGAAGAUAUUCCUGUUUUACAGAUAAGGAAAUUGAGGCUCAACAUUAAGUACCAGAGCCUUGAUUUGGACCUUGCUCAGUCUGUCUCCAAGGCCUGCGCUCCUUCCACCUAAGCAUGUGGCCACGAGACCUGGGACUAGAGCUAUUUCACUGAAGAAGCUAUUUCACUGUGAUAGGCUCAGGUGAUCUGAAGAGACAUAUUCCCAAGCUGAGAAACAUCGAUUCCUAGGAAGUCCAAAGGGACCUCUCAGAAGUCAGAUUAGAAGCCAGGAUGAGCCCUGGCUGGUCUGGCUCAGUUGGUUAGAGCAUUGUCCUGAUACACCAGGUUCAGUCUCUGGUCAGGGUACACACUAGAGUCAACAAAUGAAUACACAGAUAAGUGGAACAACAAAUUGAUAUUCCUUCCUCCCACGCCCCGACUCUCUCUCUCUCAAAAAAGAAAGAAAAGAAAACAGGAUUAUGGCUUGAGUUCAUCACAUGGCCAGUGUGUCUGGGUUCCCAUUCUUGGACUCACUCUUCUCCGUUGCUGUCACAUUCAUAACCCCCUUUCCAUAGGUCUCCAAAGUGGAUAUCCUGGUUGUGAUGGAUGCAGUGACCUUGAGAGCUGCUGUGAAACCCACUGUGAAUGGACUGAUCCCCAGUUUGUAACAGACAAAGCUUACUUUUUCUUUUGGAUUAAGUGCAUUCUGGGUAAGGAAGGGUGCACAACCCCCAUCCGCAGCACUGCAGGCCCAGUGAAGCUUUGCUAGACCUUGUUUCUUGGUUUUCAGAUGCCCCCUUGUGACUUAUUGUGAGAAGUGCCUCUUUCUCAAGCUGACAGUGGCAUCAGCUAUGGAGCAAGGACUCCGUACCAAGCACAGUCCUCACAAUAGCCUUGCAAAGUAAAGGUUUAUUUUAAACAAUGUGGAUAUAUUUUAUAUUUUUUUCUAAUUUAUAUUUUGAAAUAACUUCAAACUUACAAAUAAGUUGCAAGAAUAGUACAAAGGAUUCUAAUCACCCAGAUCUCCCAGUAUUUACCUUUUUAUUGUUUAUCACUCUCCCCUCCCCCUUUCUUUCUCUUUCUGGCUCGUGAGUGCACUGCUGCCCUCAAGGAGAUGAAGCAGAACGUCCCACUCUUU